CUUCAGCUUCAUUACUUACUUGUCAUUAUCAUGUUCCAGCUCACGACCCUCAGAUUAGCCAGCCAUCGAGUUUAUCGACUUGCUUCAUUCAACAGUUCCGUGGUUUGUUGUAGACCACCAGCGCGAGCUUUGUCAUGGUGUACAUCUCGUCAUCCGCAGAAGCAGCUACAACUUACAACUACUCGACAUUUUUCAUCCUCCCUUCUAACAGCAAACGAUGCUGCGUCGUCGAAAAAAGCACCCUCUUCCAUUGACAGCCAAGCUGAGCCGGUUGCUUACCACGGUCCACUUACACAAACAUUCCGUCGUCUCAAAAUAUUCUCCCUUUCAUCCUUGGGCCUGUCAUUUAUUAUGACCCCGUUUAUUUUCAUCGUCGAGUCAUCACUCCCUCUCUCUGCUCGCAUCGCCCUGGCAGCAACCGCACUUUCCACAAGUUCCAUCUCCACUGCCCUCGUCGGGUGGUCCGGCGCAUCCUAUGUCGUCGACUUGCAAAGACUUCCGCCAGCCGACAAUGGCGGUAUCGAAGGCAUCGAAAUGACCACUCUUACGCUCACACUCAAAAAGCUAGUCACGCGUGUGUACGACGCUGACUUCCUAAUAGAGACGAAGCGGCCUUUAGCCAAGUGGGAGCUCGCGCAAAGCGUCCUGCUGCCACCCUCAAAAGAGGACGCACUCAUGGCGGCGAAAGGUGGCGCGCCGGGCGAGGAAGAAACGAUAGCGGAAACAUUCAAUGCUACAGGCAAGAUCGUGGGACGGUGGAUCGUAAAAUGGGACGGCGAUGGUGCAGGAACCUGCCAUGGAACGGGAAAAAUUAUACGAUACUUUAAUGUGCAUGAGGAGCUCCUGUGACUUCCGCGGAUCUCUGUCAUUCCUUCAAGUUAGCAGAUUCAUGUCUUUACUCUAGCGAACCACCGUCAUUUCUGCGGAGUCAUAAUACCAAUCCAUUGCACAUCCUCAGAAGUACUAUGCUCACACCUUAACUGCGCAUCAUACGAUAACAGCGGGAUAUGCCGUCGUGUGG